AUGGCUCUUUUUUCCUACUUCAGCUCCAAUGGCAGGAGCGUGGAAAUGGAAAACGGCGAUGAAUACGAAGAUGCUGGAACAGGGACUGCUCUUUCUUCCAUCGCAGAUGCAUUUGAGGAAAUCACGGAUCUCAUCAUUAAACAUGAUGAUGGCGGUGAUUCUGUUGAUUUAAAAUUAAAGCCUUUUUGUGAUGCAUGUUCUUUAGUUUCUGUGCUCUUUGGUUGCCUAGGCAUCGCUUUUAAAUUCGCCGAGAUGGAAUAUACCUCUAAGGUGCGUGAUCUGACUGAAGCAUCAGAGCGAUUUGUGACUUUAAGAAAUGUAGUUGAUUAUGAUUUAGGUAACAACACAGUAAAGUCACCUGGGAGCCUUACACGUAAUCUUCGCAGAGUUAGGCAGGGUCUUGAUCUUAUUAGACAGUUGUUUCAGAAUUUUUUGAUCACCAAGGAAUACUACUCGCUAAAAGAAGCAGCUUCAUCGGCAUACCAACAAGUUUGUGCACCAUACCACACAUGGGCAGUGAGAACCGCAGUUUCGGCUGGGAUGUGUGCUCUUCCAUCAAGGGAUCAACUCCUAUUGAAUUUAAAUGAAACUGAACCAUCAGCGGCAAAGGAAAUGAGAAGGUAUAUAAAAGCCUCGCUUCCAGUAAUAACGUACAUAGAUAAUUUAUACAUUUCGAGGGGAAUCACCUUAGAUUGGUGA